AUGUCCGGCCAUGCCAGCCAUGCACUCGCGACCCCCGGGUCGGUCUCCGCUCCCAUGCCCAGCUUGACCUCCACCGGCCCUGGAGUAGGUGCGCCAAGUCACCGGCCGAGCGUCCCGACACCACUGGGCGCAUCAGUGCCCCUCCCCUCGACACCAGCGUCGCCCGCAUCAAACCUACCCAUCCCCUUCCAGCGCAUCGACACGCAUCGGAUCAAGCAGCAGCUCUACGAUGCACUCGGAGAAGCUGGAUUACCGUACUGGAAGGCGUUGAACGGAUACCUUCUCGGUCAGGUCGGACGGGACGAGCUUGUGGCACUCGUCAGAGGAUGGCUCAAGGGCAAAUCGCUGCAGCUGCACAACCAGCUUCUGACUUCUCUUUUGCACAAUGCAUCUACGCCACAGAUCGCAAACCAGAGCGCCUCAUCGCUCCACAUGAACAAGCGACGUAGAGGCGGCAUCGACGCACCCGACUUUGACUCGGACGCAACCUACAUCGAGCCCAUGGAUCGAGUAGCUAACUGGGCCAUGGGACUCGGUGGACGGGAAAGAGAACGAGUUCGGCGAGCAGUCGACGCUGAGCCGGAGGAGGUCGUCGAGGCGGACGAAUUCGACGCCAUGGGUAAGAAACGCAAGUGGUCUGCGUACCAGUCAGGCGCCGCUCACCCCACUCUCGCGCAGUCUGGCCGCAACAUCCCCUCAUCGCACCAAUUGGCGUUACGCCUUGCCCAGGUCGCCAAGACCUGGAACUUAGAGGUUGCCCCGGACGCCACGAAGGAGGUCGGCGAGUUCAUGGGCGUUGGCUUGCAUCAACACUUGGGCGAUGUGCUGCAUUCAUUGGUGCACUUGACUGGCCGCGAUCGGCCAGGCGAGGAUACACUCCGUGUACCACCAGGCGUGCACGAGCCGUCGCCGGAGGCGCCGGACAUCCCGACGCCGACCCUUGGCACACUGCAGUACCUCUUCACGCUAGCUCCUAGCCUGCAUCCGCAAGCGUCGCUGACGAUCGCUGAGGUCGAGGCGUCCAAGCCUCGCGAGGAACGGGAAGAAGAGAAGGAGUUUGACGCUCGCACGCCACGCCCAGCCGCCAACCUCCUCCCAAGUGCCACACCACAGACCCAGACCGUAGGUCUGCCAGGCGCCCUUCCUGCUGCGCUGCCCAAUGUUCCCAGCCCCGUCAAAGCUGCCUCAACGCUGCAUGCCGCCGCGGGACAGGGCAAGAUUGAGACCGUCUCGCAGACGCUGCAGGACACGGGUCUGCUCAAGAUCGAUAAAGCUGGGCGCGGAGAGGAGGGCGAGGGCGGCGAUCGCAAGCGGGAGAAGAAACACAACCUGCACUGGAAGUACGAGGAUCCCGCUCUGAUUCUCAAGGACCUCUUCGGCUAG